AUGGGCAACGCACCCAGUGGCCAUGCGAGCCGCAAUCAGGAAGGCAAUGGUAAUGCUUCAGACGGCCUUUCAUCCUCCAGCAACGGCGCAUUCAGAUCGUCUCGUGCUUCGGGAGGAGUGGUCGGCUACCCCGGCGGUGGAUCUCAUCAGUCCUCCUUCCUCGCCGGUGGCGAUGCAGCCAAUCCGGGUCAGCCGUCUAGUUCGGGCUUGAGGGAAGCCCUCGCUGCCCGUGAGGCUAUCGCCAGAAAGCCCGCUCAGGAUAUCUAUGCCGCGCCGGAUCUAGGCUUCCUCGAGCCCGUCUCGAAUGUCUACGCCAACGCGCCUGCUACUUGGGACCAUCCCGUCGUGCACAGAUUGAUCGAGUCACGCAAGCUUGCUCCCUUCUAUCGAGGUCUCGAUGGUUGGGAGGAAGGCAUGAGCAAGGACGAUAUCGACAGCUUGCUCGAUGCCGUCGUCCAGGGCGACGGUACCUCACACCGACACGAGGAGUCCGAAGCGCGACAGCAGAAAGAGAUCACGCUGUACUUCCGUACUGCAGAAUGCCCCAUCUGCUUUCUGAAUUAUCCGCCUAACAUCAACUUUUCGAGAUGCUGCGACCAAGCAUUGUGCACAGAAUGCUUUGUCUAUCUCAAACGCAACGAUCCAACACCACAACACGCAGAGUCUGAAGCAGUCGCAUGCCCAUUCUGCGUCGAGCCCAACUUUGGCGUCAUCUAUACGCCACCGCAGCUCCCCAUCACCCUAGCCUCACCCGAGCUUGACUCUGCUAUAGAUGGCGAAGCCAAUGCGAGCGACUUCUCAAUCCUCGCGCCCGACAAACCCUCUGGACCCCGGAGGAAGAGUAUCUCCCACACUGCUCCCGAGGUCGUCCUCACAGAUACGAUCUAUCCUGAUUGGGAGGACAAGCUAGCCAUCGCCAAAGCAACAGCAGCUCGUCGCGCCAAUCGGCGGAUCAUCUUUCGUCAGGUCGGCGACAGAAUGGUACCGCUCGGUGUCACGUCUUCUCGAUCUGCACCCGGCGGACUGUUUGCAGACGAUGGGGCAGAUGGCAGCUCAAGUCGUCGGAGCAGACGACAAAGGAGCGAGCACGGUCCUAUGACAGGAGCAGAUCUCGAAGAACUCAUGAUUAUGGAAGCGAUGCGGAUCAGCCUACUCGAGCAAGAGGAGCGAGAACGCAAAGAGCGAGCAGAGCGGGACAAAGCAGCGGCACAGCAAGCUGCAGAGCCUUCCACAACUUUGCAGAGCGCGGCAACGACUUCUACUGCGCCUCUGACGGACAGGAAUGACCCGUCUCAAGGUCUGCCGCCGUCCAUCAUCUCAUCACCCGCUAGAUCAGCCGGUAUGCAAGGGUCUAUCGACCGCACUGCAGAGCUACAGCAAGCGCUAGGCGAUACCUGGACAUUCGGCAACGGUGCUUCAGGUUCAUCGACCCCAUCUACUUCUCAUCCCCCUGCCCCACAACAACGGCAAGCGCCCGUACGUGCUAGCACAGCUUCCUCGAUGCACUCUUCUUCGCGAGGCGAGGACGAUUCGGUCAUGCCUCUGCCGACGCCCGACAGCGAAGCAGGCGAUUUUGAUUACCGCGCAAUCGCAGACGAUGACGACAGCGAAUCUCACGUUGCUUUCGCUCACUCUCUGUCGAGGAGCGAUUCAUCGGCUACGCGUACGUCCAUCAGUACUACCGCCAGCAGUCGAUUCGCCAUUCCGACUAGGCAGACCUCCAUCUGA